CGAAAACUACUUGCUUCUCGAAAAGAUAACGACGCUGUCUCUCCUGCUCAACGAGAAUCGGAGGCGGGUUCUCUUCGCCCACCUGCUGAAGCGCUUGGUGAAGAGGUUCGGCUGUAGAGCAACACUUUUUCAUCCGUAGAGAAGGGGCAAAUACAAAUGCAAGCAGAACACAACUAGAGAACAAGAGGCAGGACCUCUUAUGGUCCUUGGUGAAUGAUAGCGGCUAGAAGAGACGACUGGAGGAAUGGUGGAAACUUAGUCGAAGACUACAAGAGUCGCAGGCCUUUUCUUAUCAUGAUUGACUUUGUAUUUGAUUUGGCCCGGCCGUUUUGGAUGAAUUUAGAAGGAAGACCCUUGGGGUGAGGACGUCCUCGAGGUGAACGGAAGGCGUGACAACACCGUCCUCUUUCUGUGUGUAGAUGGAGUAAAUUGAAAGUUAAAUACUUGGGUGCGUCUGGUCGGGUAUGAACUAUGUCUGGCCGCGAUCGCAGCCCCGAAGAAGAAGCUCAACAAGACGGUGAUCAAGCAUAAGAUUAAUUAGUUGUAGUUCUAGCUUCAUGUUGUUCAACGUGAAGCUGAAAUGAUGCGUAGUUCUAAGUGGAUAACGAGGCGAAGAAACAUUGUACUAUUACUCGAUGAGGGCGGGCCGAGAUCAUUGAACUCAAACGAG